AUGGAGACAGACGGUAGCCAGCCCGGCCUCGCCUCCCCGGACUCUCCGCACGACCCCUGCAAAAUGUUCAUCGGGGGACUGAGCUGGCAGACCACGCAAGAGGGCUUGCGGGAGUACUUCAGCCAGUUCGGUGAGGUGAAGGAGUGCCUGGUGAUGCGGGACCCGCUGACAAAGAGAUCCAGGGGCUUCGGGUUCGUCACGUUCAUGGACCAGGCUGGCGUCGACAAGGUCCUGGCCCAAUCCAGACAUGAACUGGACUCCAAGACGAUUGACCCGAAGGUAGCAUUCCCUCGCCGAGCACAGCCCAAGAUGGUGACCCGAACAAAGAAGAUAUUUGUGGGUGGUCUGUCUGUGAACACUACUGUGGAGGAUGUGAAACAAUAUUUUGAGCAGUUUGGGAAGGUGGAUGACGCAAUGCUGAUGUUCGACAAGACAACCAACCGACACCGAGGGUUUGGGUUUGUCACAUUUGAAAGUGAAGACAUUGUAGAAAAAGUGUGUGAAAUCCACUUCCAUGAGAUCAACAACAAAAUGGUGGAGUGUAAAAAAGCCCAGCCGAAGGAGGUGAUGUCCCCCACGGGCUCAGCACGAGGGCGGUCCCGAGUCAUGCCUUAUGGGAUGGAUGCCUUCAUGCUCGGGAUCGGCAUGCUGGGUUACCCAGGCUUUCAAGCCGCCACCUACGCAAGUCGAAGUUACACUGGCAUUGCACCUGGCUAUACUUACCAGUUCCCUGAGUUCCGUGUAGAGCGGACCCCUCUCCCGAGUGCCCCCGUCCUCCCUGAGCUCACAGCAAUCCCCCUCACUGCAUAUGGACCAAUGGCGGCAGCAGCAGCUGCAGCAGCUGUGGGGGGUGGGACGGGGUUGCAUUUUUGGGAUCUUCACUACGUAGUUUUGCUGCCUCCUGUAGGUUCCACCCCCAGUCGCACCGGUGGAUUUCUGGGCACCACCAGCCCUGGGCCGAUGGCAGAGCUUUAUGGAGCUGCCAACCAGGACUCAGGGGUCAGCAGUUACAUCAGCGCUGCCAGUCCAGCCCCGAGCACUGGCUUUGGCCACAGCCUAGGGGGUCCCUUGAUUGCAACAGCUUUUACCAAUGGGUAUCACUGA